AACCAUUUGCCUUCUUUCAAAAUGGCGACUCCAGACGUGGUGAAAGUGAUUUUACAUCCUGUGGCGUUGUUUGGUAUUGUCGAUAGUUAUGAGAGAAGAAAGGAAGAUGCUAAACGGGUGAUCGGAACAUUAGUUGGGAAUCUUGAUAAAGGUGUCGUUGAAGUAAAGAAUUGCUUUGCUGUUCCUCAUCAAGAGACUGAAGAUGAGGUUUUUCUAGAGAUGGAAUAUGCAGCUAACAUGUUUGAUUUGCAUAAAAGAGCUUGCCCUUCAGAGGACAUUGUUGGAUGGUUUGCUACCUGUGAUGAUGUGAAUGAACAAUCACUGCGUAUCCAUGAGUAUUACUCCAGAGUCACUGCAAAUCCAAUUCACUUGACUGUAGAUACAACUUUGAAGUCUGGAAAAAUGAAUAUCAAAGCAUACCUAAGUUCACCGAUGGGAGUACCUGGUGCAACAAUAGGAACAAUUUUCACUCCGGUCAAAUGUGAAGUCACUUACCACACGCCAGAAGCGGUUGCAAUUGAUACAUUUGUAAGAAACAAGGGAGGUUCAAAAAAGCCACUUACCUUGCUUUCAAAUAUCCAGCACAUCGCAAGGUCCUGUGACAAACUAAUUGAAAGACUUGGGCAAACAGUAGAAUAUGUCAAUGAUGUUCUGAAUGGCAAAGCAGCACCUAACAACGACAUCGGUAGAGCCUUGAUGGAUGUGGUAGGGUCUGUUCCUCAGAUGGAUCCAGACCAGCUUGAAAAAAUGUUGAAUUGUAACAUGCAGGAUCUGCUGAUGGUGAUGUACCUUGCUACGUUGACAAAGACACAGCUUUCAAUCGGAACAAAAUUGAAUGGACUUAUAUAGGACCUUCGUUGUUAUAUAUUUAUGAAAACCUCCUAGAA